AUGUCCCUGGGAAGUCGUAUUGCAAACCGGGGCAGGGUCGCAUUUUCUGCAAGUCUUGUCUCGCCUCCCAGGGAACCUCUAUUCUUUCUAUACCCGUCGUGGAUCAGGAACUCUUCGACUGCGUCCCCAUUAUCUCAAGAUGUCCCCCGUAAUGAGCCCGUAGCUCAGCAGAAGCCAAUAUCGAUCCCGAAACAUGCUGCUACUCUGAGCGAAGACCAAGCUGUACUGGAUAAGCGCUUCAACAGACGAAAAGCUGUAUCGUCAGGCGACCAGCAGACCCUCGAAAUUAAACGCGUCCCCCCAAAGAGCCGCCCCCCCAAUAUCUCAACGGAGGACGGAAUAGCUUCUUUACAAAGCGAGCAGAGUAUUGCGAAGGAUGAUACGCCUAUGUCGAGAACAGAGAAGACGGCUCGAAAAGUGCUCUCACUGAAAGCGAUCAACGACGAUUCGAAGCUGUCGGCUAGCUCCUCAAGGAAAGCAUACCAGACGGACAAGCAAACACAGUUACAAGCUUGGGCUCCGGACUGGCGUGCUGUGCUAUCAACUCUGGUCCAGCAUACACCGGAACAUGGAAAAUGGCUCUCAAAUGCUUUGGAAUUUUCGCUCUCCUCUGAGGAUGCACGAAAGCUUCUCCAUGGAAUUGAUGACUACUUUCUAGAAAUUGGGGACAAGUAUGGUUGUCAGAUCAAAUUGGGAGCUCGCGAAGAUGUCAAAGUGGGAAUUACGAGUUUCUCAAUCUCUGGGCCUGCGAGUGCUAUUAGCAAGUGUGCAGCUGAGUUCUUGAGCAUCGCACCUAAUACUGCCAUCGCACCUUUCAAGGACAAUUCCUCUAUUGAGGAGGCUCCUGAAGCUCUUAAGGAUGGUGAAAGAUCGAAAAUAUAUGAUAGUGGAGUGCGCAUCCGCAAUGUCCUAGCAGAUCAUAAUCGUCUACAAUAUCACCCGUCUGCUCAGGUACGACCAGAAGAUAUUAAAGAGCCCUCGAUAUGGACCCAGCAGUCAUUCCUCGACUACGUUCGAAGCGUCACAAAUUCUCGUAUGUGGAGUCAUAUCAAUAGAUACGGAUUUCGAUCGCCGAAUCACCAUGACACAGUGAAGGCCACCAUCCUCCGCGAUCUCUUCAAAGAUCCAAACGUUAGACCGGCAAUUACAAGAGUAGCGUGUCACGAGGUGAUGCAGUUUUGGAUAACCGGAAACCACAUAGAAGAUGCCCGGAUUCUCUUCGUCCACAUGGAAAUACUGAAACUUCGAAUGGUCCCAGAAACUUUCAACAUCCUGCUAGCCGGAGCCGCCAAAGCCGAAGAUAUACAUGCCUUCCACUUCAUCCUCAAUCUGAUGCUGAAUCGAGGGAUUACUCCAAAUGGAAGGACGUGGAUCCGUUUCAUGAGUGCAUUUUCAGAUGUACGAAUCAAACUCCACAUCUUGACAGCUAUGCAGAAGAAAGGUCUCCUCAACCACCCCCAAACAAUGAUAGAAGCAACUACCCAACUUGCCUAUCCCGAAAUCGAAUCGUCACUUGACCAGAACCAAACACAACAGGAUUUCAUCGCCCACAUGGACUCCCGAUAUGGCAACAAGUGGGUCAAUAAUAGCAAUGCCAAUCGAAUAAUCCAUUCUCUCGGAGCCCAUGGCCUGAUAUCUCGCUGCUGGGAAUUUCUCCACUUCAUGGACUCGCGGCAUGUUGUACCCGAGAUCUACGCUGUCCAUACUAUUCUCCACCACUGCAAACAAGCUACCAAUCUGGCUGGUGCAGUUGAACUCCUACGCAGCCUUCCGCGGAGUAUGAAAUUUGAACCAGGCGAAGAAACGUUCCGCAUCAUGUUUGAAUUAGCGUGGCGGAUGCGGUCGUACAAUGUUGCGAGGGUGGUGUGGCGAUAUGCCUGCUUGUAUGGUGCUACAUCCUUCCGGAUGAGGCAGCGUGUUUUCCAUAGCAUGAAGAAUGCGAGUGAUAUUGAGGAGCCCAAGACGAGCCGACAUCGAUGGGAAAAGUUUGCCGGGCCAGUGAUUGUUGGCAUCAAUCAUGUUAGAGAGCAUCCUUCGCAACACCUCGAACGAAUGAUCCUGGAGCUCGAAUUGAAAAGGCUGGAACAAAAGGCACUACAGGGCCGUCUGGACACGGGAGAUGGAUCUGAAGAUUUGCAUACAUCUCAACAUACUGCAGUUCUAGUAGAGAACCAGUCAGGCGGCACCACACCGAUCACCAAAUCGGUCGGGGGCCAUCCCACAGAGUCCAGUCACAAAAAGAAUGACCAGUCCGACGAACCUUUAACUGAGUCUCCUGACCUGUCCCCUGAAGGAUCAAAAUACACACCCAUCCAACUCGAGGCAUACCGCUCUUCCCCCUCAUUCCAACGGCAUAUCCAACAACGCCAACUCCCCAAGAUCCUUGCACCAUGGGGUCCCUCGCAAGUCGGCCACCGCGUACCGCGCUACAAAAUCUCUAUCCUGCGAGAGAUCAUCGAAGCCGAAUAUGAAAUGUUCAAGCACUGGCAGCCUGUGAAGCCGUUUGAUGAGAUGCUGACUGAGGCAUUGGAGCUCGAUCGUGCCUGGCAGGCGGAGGAGGGGUAUGGGAUGAAGCCGUUGGAGUGGUUUUUGGAUGGGCGGGCGCUGAAGGUGGAAAUCAGAACGAAAAGCAGGCUGUUUAAGAAAUUAGAGUGGAUAUAG